AUGCAGCAAUGCCAGCCCAGCAGCAGUCUUCCCAACCCCCAGCAUCCCAAGCCCGAAGUGCUGAACCUGCUUGCCCCGGAACGAAUCCACCACCGUAAUCGCCGCCUCUGUCGUCCCAUUCCCCGGCGACAAAGCAUACACAAACCGCCCCGAAACCUGCACCUCCGUCAGCCCCGGAUCCCCAUUCUUCAACUCCAGCAUCGAAACAAUCUUCUCCCCAUCCUGGCUAAUCUCCACCAACCGGUUGACCGCCGCGUCCGUCACGAACACGCUCUCCCGCGCAGCAGACACGGCCGUACCGUUCGGCGACGACCGCAUCUCCGCCCCGAAAGAACCGUCACAGGAGACCGGGAUCACGGAGACAAAGCCCGUGUUGUUGGCGGUGCCAUCGCCCUUGACGUUCGUCACGAGCCGGGUGUCGUUCGCGGCGAAACUGAUCUGCGACACACCGUUCAGGGGCCCGGACGGAGGUGUCGUUUGGUUCAGGGCAAAAGUGGUGAGGGGUUUGAAUUCGGCGAGGCCGUGGGCGCUGUACUCGGCGCAGGCGACGCCCGCUUGGGCGCCGGUGUAUCCGACGCAGGCGAGGCCGAGUUUCUCGGAUGCGGUGACGGUUACGGGGAAGUCGCCGGGGACUGUAGAUUGGCCGAGGCGGGUGAGGGUAGUGUUUGUGUUGGAGACCUUGAAUUGGGUAACGGUGCUGGAGCCGGCGUUGACGACGAAGACGUACUGAGGAUGGGCGUUAGAGUGAAUUUUCAUAUGGAGUGGAAAGCUCGUAUGGGCGUAUCGACGGGGCUUUGGGAGCCCAGGGCGUCUGGUGCGUUGCCCAUGCCUGUCAUGGCGUUGAAUUCAUCGCCCCCCCAUGCCUCCAGUCGCCAUGGCGGAGCCGCCGUACAGGGUUCCGUCGAGGGCAAUUGGGAUGCUAAUGAGGUGGUUGGGCUUGUCGUUGGAUUGGAGAUACAGGGCUUUGCCAGCGGCCAAUGCAUCACAGGAGCCGCUGGCUGA